UCCCGUGGCAGCUGCGCCUGCCGCCAGUCGACGCCGCCUGGGCCUCCCCUCCCGCGCCCCUCGACAGGGCCCCGGGGCCCUAUUUCUUCCGGAGGCCCAGUAAGGGAUCAGAUGUCAUGCUUAAUCCUAAGUCUUCAGAGCAGUCUACCAUGUGUGAAAGACAUUGUACGAAGUCAUCCGCAAAACUUUCUAUGCACAUAGAAGGUAUGCCCUCUGAGAUCCUACUGAAGAUAUUUUCUUACUUGGAUGCUGUUACCCUUUUGUGUAUUGGCUGUGUGAACAAGCGCUUCUAUUCUUUGGCCAAUGACAAUUUUAUUUGGUUCAGAAUCUACUCCGCUUCUUUUUCACCUAAGAGAUCAAAUUGGGAAAUGAAUGCAGUAGAGAAGACAGCUGUAUCUUUGAGUCAUACAUCACUUCAUGACAAAGAAACUGGAUACUGGAAGAAAAAAUAUAUUGUGAAACAAAUAGCAGCCGGAAAAACAGCUGUAACUCAGCUUCUCAAACCUGUAAAUCCAUAUACAGGUCUGCCAGUGAAGACCAAAGAAGCCCUGAGAGUAUCUGGAUUGAGUUGGGUGAUUGUAUUGAAGGAGAAAAAUGGGAAAGAGUACAUCAUGGAGCAGGCUGAGUUUUCUGUGAAUGACACAUCUGUUACAGUUGUGUGGCAUGGGAAUAAUUGGCCACGUAUAGACAAGCUGGCAACACUAGACUUAUGUGGUGUGACACCAGUUUUUUUGGACCGCUAUAAGGUCCCCACCAAAAAUGGACCUCGAAGGCGUUCCUUAGUUGCCGAGUACAAUCUGACUAACCUAACUAAAUCCACUUCGAUUGGCUCUGACAGACUUAUUCGGACGUUCUGCCUAAACCCAGGGCUUCUAGUUGGUCUAUGGAAGAAAGAGAAGGAAAUGGCUUUUGUUAUGGCGAAUCUUCAUUUUCAUCUACUGGUGGAGAGAAGCACUUUAGGCUCAGCCACUGUCCCUUAUAUGCUGCCGCCUCACAUUCCUUUUCUGGAUGACAUUGACCAACAAUAUGGACUACAUGGUUAUCAGCUCCAUGUUGACAUGCACAGUGGUGGAAGUUCCUACCUUUGUGGUACCUUUCGUAAUCUCUUCAGCAGGAAAGAUUUCAUUAAAAAUGGAUAUAUGAAGCUCAUCGUUAUAAGUUUUAAAAACAAUGCACAGCAUUUACCUCUCAUUGGAAAAGUUGGCCUCUGUUGGAAAACAGAUGUUUUUGCUGGUUGUAUACAGAACUGUUAUAUGAUGGAUGUAACCCUUUUGGAUGAAACAGAGAAACCAUUUUGGUGUUUCAGUUCCCCAGUUUGCAUGAGACCUGCUACGAGACCUUCUGACUUUUUUAAUUACAGAGGACAUCACUUUUAUGUUACCUACAUAGACUCAGUAGGAAAAGUGAAUUUGGAGCUGGUCUGGAUGGAAGAGACAGAAGAAUACUAUGUUGUUAGCCUGGCUCUUUACCUAAGAAUAGAAAAAGUAAACAGUUGGUUUGGAACAAACUACUGACCAUCAGCCUGGCAGGAAAUUAUUUUGUUUCUUAUUAGUUUUUUUGUUGUUGUUGGUAUUGUAAGUUAAAAUAAAACUUGUACCAUGAUUGCA